AUGCCCCUUCUCGCUCUUCUUCUGUGCGCAGGCUUUGCCUCGCAGGCCUCUGCAGAAUGCACCCGUCAAGUGCUCCAGGAGGCCACAGCGGGAUACAUCACGGCACUUGCAGCUGGUAAACCAACAAUUCCAGCCCUUGCGGAAGGCAAUGUUCCAUACCAGGAGAAUGACGUAGCCAUGGACAUCUCAAAAGGUGUCUUGUCCCAAGGCAUCAGCAUCGACUUCAAUCGCAGCAUCUACGACACGACUCAGUGUGCCUCAUACACGGAGGUUGUAUCGACAGGCAAACAUCCGUACGUCAUUGGAACGCGCUUGGCAUUGGCCGAAGGCAAAAUCACAAAAAUAGAGUCAGUCGUUGCUGACGAUGGCGACUGGCUCUUCAAUGCGAGUGGAUCACUGUCGUACAACAAGAAGGAAACUUGGACUCCCAUUCCGGAAGGCAAACGGGACAAGCGCGAGGUCAUCAAGGCUGCUGGAGACGCGUACAUCGACGCUUGGGGUGACUCGAAUGUGAAGCCGCCUUUCAGUGCGCAGUGUGCCCGGCUCGAGGGCGGCUCAUACAUCAGCGGCAACUGCAAACUAAACUUCCCGCCCCCGUUCAAUGUAACGAAUCGCCGGUAUACUAUUGACGAGGAGUUGGGGGCAGUGGACAUAUUCCAUAACUUUCCUUUCCUCGACGCUACGAUUGCAAGGGACCCGGGUACACAGACUAACAAUUUGAUGCGAGUGGAAUCUGGUCAAAUUCGUUAUAUACACGAGAACACCAUCUGUGCCAAGAAAGGCUGUGGGAGGUAA